AUGUCCACAGAGAAGGCCCGAAACAGCUCCUCAGUAACCAUGUUUAUCCUCUUGGGAUUUGCAGACCACCCAGAAAUCCAGAUCAUCCUCUUUGUGACCUUUCUCAGCAUCUAUCUGGUGACUGUGGCCUGGAACCUGGCCCUCAUCUUUCUGAUCAGAGGCGACACUCGUCUGCACACACCCAUGUACUUUUUCCUCAGCAACUUGUCCUUUAUUGACAUCUGUUACUCUUCUACCGUGGCACCCAAGAUGCUUACGGACUUCUUCCAGAAGCAGAAGACUAUCUCAUUCUUGGGCUGUGCUGCUCAGUUCUUCUUCUUUGUCGGCAUGGGUCUCACUGAGUGCUUCCUGCUCACUGCUAUGGCAUAUGACCGCUAUGCCGCCAUCUCCAGCCCCCUGCUCUACACUGUCAUCAUGUCCCCAGGCCUCUGUACACGCAUGGUGGUUGGGGCAUAUGUUGGUGGUUUCUUAAGUUCCCUGAUCCAGGCCAGCUCCAUAUUUCGACUUGACUUCUGUGGACCCAACAUCAUCAACCAUUUCUUCUGUGACCUCCCUCCAGUCCUGGCACUGGCUUGCUCUGACAUCUUCGUCAGUCAGGUGGUGAACUUUCUCGUGGUGGUCAUUGUUGGAGGGACCUCAUUUGUCAUCCUCCUUGUCUCCUACACUUACAUUGUGUCUGCUGUCUUGAAGAUCCGCUCAGUGGAGGGCCGAAGGAAAGCCUUCAACACAUGUGCCUCCCACCUGAUGGUGGUGACACUCUUGUUUGGGACAGCCCUUUUCAUGUACCUGAGACCCAGCUCCAGCUACUCUUUUGGCAGGGACAAAGUGGUCUCUGUAUUCUAUUCACUGGUGAUCCCCAUGUUGAACCCUCUUAUUUACAGUUUGAGGAACAAAGAGAUCAAAGAUGCCUUACGGAAGGUGCUAGAGAAGAAGAAAGUGUUCUCUUAG